AUGUGUGUCAUGGAUGAGGACAUCAUGGUGGAGUCGGGUGACGAUUCGUGGGAUUUGAUCACCUGCUACUGCCAAAAACCCUUCGCGGGCCGGCCCAUGAUCGAGUGCAGCCAGUGCGGCACCUGGAUCCACCUGUCCUGCGCCAAGGUGAAGAAAAACAACGUCCCCGACGUCUUCUAUUGCCAAAAAUGCCGCGAGGGACCCCGCAGGGCCGCCCCCGCCACCCCCCGAGCCACCGGGGACUCCUAAACCCCCUCCCCAAAAAGGGUUUGGGGGGUCCCCGGCCUCGCUUCUGGCAGGGUUUGUGCUCAAAAUCGGAAAUUUUGGGGUUGUGACCUUCCCUGGAAUUGUGGGCUGUGGAGGUUCCUCCUGAAAAUUAAGUUUUGGGCGGGUUGGGUCGUUCUCAAAAUGUGGAAUUUUGGGGGUUGGACGCCGGCCCGGAACGGUGAGGUUUGGGGUUUGUGACGUUCCCGCGAAAUUUGAGAUUUUGGGGGUUGCGGCUCUCCCUGGAAUUGUGAGGUUUGGGGGUUGGAAAGUGCCCAAAAUUGGAGAUUUUGAGGGUCGGAACCUCCCCCCUCUCCAAAUUGUGAGGGUUUGGGGUUCGUAAAAGCCCUGAAAUGGUGAGAUUUUGGGUCCAGCUCCCUCAAAAAUGGGGAGGUUUGGGGGGUCUUUUACCCACCCCCCCCCCCA